GUUGAAACAAACAUUUUCACACAUAUUGGGUUGAAUUAAAUCUCUCUCUAUAAAAGACUCUUCGGACUGCUACUUGUCCCCAAAACCCUCAAUUUUGUUCCUCCCAACGCCCCAGAGAUGGAGUUGGGCUUGAGCUUAGGAGAUGGAGUUGGAUUCUUGAGAGAAGAUAAUAACACAGAGAAGUCCACCAAGCAGAAGAUCAAGAGUACUGGUUUAGAUUUCUGCAUGGGUUUGGGGCUCAACUCUUCUGCUGCUGCAGGUGGAGAUGAUCAAGAACGGGAGAAACCCCAGAAAAUAACUAAUGAGGACGAUGACGAUGACGACGACGACGAUGAUGAUGAUCAGAUGUCAGAAGGAGAUAAUCAGGGGAGUGAUGAUGAUAAUACUCCUGUGCAGCUGAAUCUUCUCCCUCUUGCUCCUGUUCCUCGCCGGGCUCUCCCUAAUUGGUCUACUUCUGAUAAUGGAAGCCCAGAAAAUGGCUCAUCGGGGAAUAUGGGGCUACCGGUGGCGGCGAGGGGGUUGGACGUGAACAGGUUUCCUCCGGCGGAGGAAGUCUCGUCGGCAAACAGCGUGGGGACGACGUCUCCCUUUCACAUGGAGUUUGGCUUGUUGAGAAGGGGUACUGGAUAUCUGCAGCUUGGUGGUCAGAAGAGGGCGUUUGAAGCAGCCACGGGGAACGACGUCGUGGAGUCGGAGAGAGGCAGUGAUGACGACGAGAAUGGCCUCCAGACAAGGAAAAAGCUCAGAUUAUCCAAAGAACAGUCUGCUUUUCUUGAAGAAAGCUUCAAAGAACACAGCACUCUCAAUCCUCAGAAACAGAAGCUUGCUCUUGCCAAACAGCUUAAUCUCAGACCUCGACAAGUCGAAGUCUGGUUCCAGAACAGACGGGCCAGGACGAAAUUGAAGCAGACGGAGGUGGACUGCGAGUACUUGAAGAGGUGCUGUGAGACACUGAGUGAGGAGAACAGGCGACUCCACAAAGAACUUCAAGAACUCAGAGCCCUCAAGACUUCCAACCCGUUCUACAUGCAACUCCCCGCCACCACCCUCACCAUGUGCCCCUCCUGCGAACGCGUCGCCACCGCCCCUCCACCCACCGCCGCCGCGGAAUCGAUCCCAAAACCCAUUCCUGCAUUCCCUCUAACAAGACCAAGAUUUUACCCUUUCUCCCAAACUCCAACCGGCCAUCCCAAUCAGCCUGCACCCUCAUAAGUUUAAUUUUGUGAGGGGUGAAGGAAAAUUACAACCUCAGACUGUCCAUGGUUGUGGUCCUGAUACAUUAUUUGUACAUAUAGGAAAGAAUCCUUUUUUUUUUUCUUGGCUAUGUUUGGUGUCGGAAUCCGGCUUGUGGGAUGUUGUAGAAAUUCUUCAGCUUGAGCAGUUUUUUAGGCUCAUCCGAUGUUGAUUUUGUGGGAUAAUAUUACAAAGUAGACAGGAAAUUUGCCAUUGAAAAGGAAAAGAAGUGCUUAAAUUUUAAUUUGUUUGGAUA